AUGGCGCCCGAUCAAGGGGACCAGAACAAUGUAGUGCGAAUGAAAGAGGAGCUCGCCCAGGAUACACGCGAUAUCUCCGAUAUUUGGAAUGAUGCCAUCAAGAAUUACAAAGGCAUCGUUGGCCUGGACCUCAAACCUACAUUCAAGUCGGUGGAUGACAUGAUGACAACCGGCACUGCCGAAAUGGAAAGUCUCCAUCGCUUCCGCCAUAACAAGAAGAAAGUCGAUAAGCUGAGGAGCUUGUUUGCUCAGAAUCUCGAUUAUAUUCAAAAGGGAGCAGACCAACUCGUAUCUGCGGCCACCCCUGCGUUUCCACCUGCAGCAGCCAUUGGAACGGCACUGACGUUAAUGCUGACGGCUUGCAAGAAACAGUCCGCCGAUUAUGAUGUCGUGACUGCGUUCUUUGAGGACAUGAAUGCUUUCCUCCGACGAAUCACCAUCCUUGAAUCAAGACUACCUAAGUAUCAGGCAUAUCGUAAUUGCUUGAUGGAUGUAUUCAGAGCUGUGCUGGAAAUGUGUGGGUUCUCCACAAAGUAUAUCGAACUGGGCAGAUUCAAGAAAUGGGUCAUCAACAUGAUCAAAGGCGCGGACAGCGAACUUGGAGAUGCACGAAAGAAAAUGGACACAACCUUGUCACGACUUCAGGCCGCCACAGAGUACGCUAUUCUAGGCAAUACGGAAGAAUUGCAACGCAUGAACUCGGAUCUACAACAGAAUCAAGACAUGCAGACUCAGAUGAUGGAGGAUCAGACCAGAAUGCUUGAAAGUGUCCUUGAAAGCCAGGAGACCGUCCGAAAUGAUCUCGUCAAUAUCCAAAAGCUUCUCAUGGUGUUUCAGGAACGGCGACAAGAUGACACCAGGGAAAGCACCAUGAACAAGCCAGCAACUUCCAGCCGUGUCCGCAGUUACCUCCCCGAUGCCAUCGACCCGAUUCAUGAGUACGGCAAUAUCGUGUACUCUUUUAUUCCUGGAACAUGUACUUGGCUAUUCGAUGAACCUGAAUGGGAGGCAUGGAAUGGUCGAACGUCGCGCAUACUCGCGGUCGAAGGCCCCCCUGGAGCAGGAAAGAGCCAUCUAGCAGCAUGUGCCUACGAUCAUCUUGUGGAACUGGCCAGGUCUGAUCCCAACACCUGCGUAACACAUUUCUAUUUCCGCGAAGGAGUGAGCGAUCUGAACUUCUUCCAUCAUGCCAUCAACUGGACCAUCAUUCAGCUGGCAGAACAGAAUACAAGUCUAUGUGACAGAAUCAACGCCGAACUAGAGCGUGAAGACAUCGAUGACUGGAAUCCACUGGACUGGCGCCAAAUGUGGGAUCAACUCGUCAGACCUUGGUUCAGUGGUGCAUCCCCAGCUCGGCUACAAAUCGUCUGGGAUGGCUUGGAUGAGCUUGAAGAGACAGCGCAGGACGAGCUCCUCCAGUGCUUCAGCCUCAUUCAAGGAUCUACCGACCUCAAUCUGGCGGACAUGAAGACUCUGAUUUGGAACCAUUUGAACAACGACGCAGGACUACGCAAAUUCAGCAGAUACACAAAAGAACGAGUUUCCAAUACCUUCGAAGAAAAGGCCAGUGAAGACGAUAGGGAGGAAUCAAUUCCCACUGUCAAAUACCUGCUCUGCUGGCUUGCAUUCAGCUUCCGACCCCUAUCUCUGGGUGAAUGUCUUGCGUUGAUCAGACUGGACAAGGGCACCACCUUCGACCUCGAACAGGAGCUUCAGCGUUCAUGUCUGACGAAUUUUCUGAAGAUUGCGGACGUUGAGGAGCGUUUAGAGGAGCGUCUAGAUUUCGCUUCGCCAGAGCAUUUGGUGUUGGCCCCUAAGAAUGCGGAAGAUCCUGCUACAUACAACGACUACGACCUACCGUUGAAAUUCCAAGAACGGUCAAUGAGACAAUUCUUCCGCAAUGCGUGCCCUUGUGAGAUUGGAUUGAGAACUUCUAGUACAGGAGCCCAUCGGCAGAUGUUCAUUGCCUGUUCUCAGCUGAUCUGCACUCCGUCGAGCGAAGCUCCUCAUGCCCUGAAAAUGUAUGCCUGCAGGAAUUGGAUGGCGCAUCUGAGUUGGACCAAGUUGUCUGAAGACUCCGACUGUGAUAGGAUUCAAGCACUCGAAGCUCUUGGGGCGAUCAUGACCAACAGAGAUAAUAUUGCGAAGGUAUUCGAGACACUUGAGAUAGACUACGACCAGAUCAGGCAAGGUCUUCAACAAGGAGACUUUCUCGACAACCUUGUGUUCUGGGCGAAGCUUGCCAAAACACUUGGUUCCAGAGUAAACGCGGAGACUUCGAAGUGGGCGAACAGCGUGGUUCUGGACAAAAUGUCGGCGUUCAUCCCACUGGUAAAAGGUCAUUGCCAAAACUGGUUGCAAGCAGACGAUCUCAGGAGCAUUAAGAGAGCUUACAGAUCUACACGAAGUGCACUAAAACUGACACAUUACAGCCAACUUGUCAACGAGGAGACUGCUGAGCAGGAUGAAUCGGCCGACUUCGAUGACGAUUCAGAUGAAGCGGGCGUGCCCACUUUGAUCUUGUUGACUGAGAUUCGCUUGGAUAUGCAUGGGGAAAGUGUGGACAACGUUAGGAACAGCAUCGACGAAUGUUUGGCUAUUGAGAAUGUGUCCCCACAACUCCUUCGAAAUGCUCUGUUGACCAAGGGUAGGGUCGAGAAUUUUUGCGACGAUCUAGAUGCGGCAACUUGGGCCUAUGCAGAAGCUCGCAAAGCAGAUCCAGACCAACCCAUGCCUGGAGAUAUUCUCCAGGAUGAGUCCGAACUGUUUAUCCAAAGACAAGACGAUCCUGGCCUUAUUGAGUUGGUCAAGCAGUGGAAACCACUCGAACGACUCGCAGCAAUGACCUGGCAGUACGACUGGGAUAGCGAUUGGCAUCAACACUUCCAAAGGGGUGCUGGGAAGGUCAGUGAGCAGACUUUCAUGGUCGAAGCAUAUGAAGAAGUCAUCAAACUUCUUGCAAAUCUCAGGGCGGCACCACCAUUGCAAUACCAGCUUGUAGUUGCUCACUGGAAGGUCCGCGGUGAUCUUGAUGCCGCGAGGGAGCUGUUGAAUGAAGUUCUUGACUCGAAGACCACUGGAAUACCAUACAGCUUUACGAAUGAAGAUCCAUCAAUGACACUAGUGACGACCACUCUCCUGAUGAGCGAGAUCAUCUACGAACAGUUUCGCCGAUCAGCAGACCCGGCAAGAAAGACUGAGCUAUUUGCUGAAGUGAAGGCCCUCAGGUCCAAGAAUAUGGCGCAUUCUAUCGCAAGUAACCGGUCCGUACAUGGAAACCACUCAAUAAUCGUGGCUCGCAUGGCACGCAGGAUGGCGUCGGCCCUGGAAGUCCAAGAUACUCUGCAGCGUGCUUUUGACAUUUGUUAUGAUGGCCUAGUUGACAAUGUCCGUGGAAACGAUCUUGUCAAUCUUCGCAAUCUUGCAUCGGUGCUCACCAUGUUGGACGGCUUGGAGAGAGAAGCCCAGAUUCUGGUCUCCGCAUUCUUCUCGCAGUUGGAUCCUGAUGUCGUAGACAAGGACGACAUGGAGCGGAAGGGUGCUGGUGUCAACACUGUCAAUGAACCGGAUGAGGAUAGUGGCGACCCAGGAGAUAAUGAGAGGCGUCGGGCAACGGACAAGGAUGAGCCUAAUCCAGAGAACCAAGGUGAUCUCGCGGGCGUCGCCUGCUGCUGUGACGGUGAGUGUGAUCCCAGGGUUGAAUGGUCCCACUGGCACACCCCGCUUUAUAUGUGUGUGAUAUGCUGCAACACAACCCUCUGCAAGGAUUGCUAUGACAGACGACAAGAGUACAAUCGUGGUAUUGAACGCGAUGGAGGACGCCAGCGCCAACAGUACAAUCGCGGGAUUCAAUGCGGUGGAGGCCGCGAGUACUGUGGAUUCAAUCACAAAUACGUCCUAGGCCCGGUCGAGGGGUGGAAAGGUAUCAAGGAGGGAAUCCUGCGCAUCGAAGGUGAAGAGCCGAUAAAGUUUAGGGAUUGGUUGGAAGACUUGAAGAACAACAAAUCGGAAAAGGCGUGGGACAGGUUUCGGCUGACAGAGGGUUGA